AAGACAGCGUAUCGGCGUUUCAAUUCAAUUAGAGCUAGCUGCAAUGGCUAUUCCGUAACUGUGUGAUGUGUGCAUGUGAAAUUCGCUGUACACGAUUUAUAUGCUGCGCUUACCCUGUGAAGACCUAUCUGGAGAUGUGUUGCUAGUGCUUGUGAUCGACUUGGAAUGGAAUAUUUAUCCCUGGAAUUUUAGGCCAGAUUGGCCAAUUUGACGAACAGGAAUUCAAGAAAAUAUGCGACACAGAACUUCUUUACAAAUAUUUUCAUUAUGGACAAUGACAUUCUUGAUGCCAAUUUUGGUCGAUGGAAAUACGAUUUCUGCGCGAUGCCAUUCGACGUGCCUUAGUGCACAUGUCACAUCAUCGGCGCUACAUACGAAUAGUUUAUUAGAAGAAUGUACACAUAAUAUUAAUUGUUCAUCAUGUAUAUAUCCUUGCAAAAAAUAUCAUAAAUCGUUGGAUACGUGCAAAGCAAAGUGCCAGACCCAAGCGGAAGCUGUAUCAGCUCCUGAUAUAUGUAUUUCAUCAUGUAAUUUUAUAAAGUAUAUAAAGAAUGCAAAAAUUGGUGCAUGCCCGUCAACAUUUGGUGGUUUCGCUGAAGCCUGCGUUAACGAGUGCGAUGAUGAUCAGGGCUGCAAAGGGGAGAAGAAGUGCUGUAACAACGGCUGUGGACGUACUUGCCAAGUUCCAAACAUCAGGAGGAAGGAUUAUCCUGCACGGGUGGAAAGAAGAUGGGCUACCAUAACAGAGAACGAGGAAGGUGACUCGGCGACGGUCAGGUGGAGACCGGUGCCCAACCUUACAGACAGUGGGAUCGUGCUCUACGCCAUUCAAGCGAAAAACCUAUCGCAAACGAGAAGUCAGGUCUCGUGGUAUGACGUUGGAGUGACGGAAGAGACGGACAUCCGAGUACCUCUUCAGGUCGGCCGUGACUACCAAUUUAGAAUUGCAAGUGUCAACGAGAAUGGGACUUUGGGUUACUUCAGACCAACCGUAGAGUUCUGCUUGUCAAAGGAGCCUGAGAGACCAAGUCCGCCCUUCUCUAUUGUGACCGGUCCGGUUCAGAUCAUCAAUGAGAAGAUCCACAUGACGUUGUACUGGAGCCCACCUAGAUACAGUGACCUACCUAUCUCAAGGUAUAGGGUAUUCUAUAGUGAAAGGAGAGCCGUCACACCGUCCAUAAUAGCAGUCAAGGAGCACCGUCUAGACGUAUCUGGGAGUGAAACCACCUGUAUCUUGCCCGAUCUUCUCCCCGGUAUGAAGUACUUUGUCCAGGUCAAAGCAAUCGCUAGAUAUCGCGACAAUCGUCUCAGCAGCGAUAGAGAGUCCACCUACAUCUAUACGCCCACUCCUGCAUCCAAUGUUUGUCACUUCUGUACUUUCUACUGGAGGCAAUGUUGUAGAGACGGCACUGGAGGAAAGCUAACACAGACCUACGUGCAUCCGAAGGUAACGGCGCCCUCUGGUAAGAUGCCCGGCCCUCCUGGAGACCUCACCCACAACUCCCCGUACUGGGACAAUGGCACUCUGAAGGUUCGCCUGACAUGGCAGAAACCCAAAGGUUUUGAGCUGACCAUAGAUCGGUUCACUAUUCAUUGGGAAGCGACGGUCUGUUCAUCAGAGAGUGGACAGGAGGAAGGAGAGGCUACAAGCUAUGGCUUUUUAAGCAAUGACAUUUAUACGCCUUAUCGUCAGAAAGCAGCGACCACACACGACACAUCAUUCGAGCUGUAUGAUCUAUCAUUUGACUGUACGUAUGAAGUCUGGGUGAGACCGGUUUAUGACCAUGGUUGGGGUCCGUUUGAUUCAACCAUCCAGAUCUUGACCCCUCCCUGUACAGAGGUCAUCUCCAGAGGGCCAAGGCCAACCUGUCCUACACCAAUACCUGAUAUCCCAAGCGCUCCCAUCAACAUGUCCUACACCUACGGUAUCGGGGAGACCGUGAGUGCUAACUUCACCUGGGCCCCUCCGACCCGGUCCCAGUAUCCUCUCAGUGGAUACCGGAUCUACUGGGCCAAAGUCAAACCAUCGUCGGGACUACCCCAUGCAGCACUACCCACCAUUGAGAGAGAAGAGUUUAUAUCAACAUUGCUCAGGGAGACUCAAAGAUGGUAUGUGAUCAGAAACUUGACGGCCGGAGCGAGAUACGUUGUAAAACUACAAGCGCUAUCGAGCAUUGGAGGCGGAGCUAACGUGGCCGUUGACAUCCAGACUCCUGAUAUUAAAAUCAAAAUUAAUACAGUAUUACCCAGUGAGGAUCCACAUACAUCAGAUCCUAACCUCAUUGAAGAGCCUUCCAGACCACAAGGAAACAGUGCAGCUGAAAGACUGGUUGGCUCCUAUCUCAUCCUCACUCUCCUCACGAUACUCUGCUUAUGUCAUGUCAUCCAAAGAUGAUAGUCCCCCGAGAAAGGAUAACAUUCAAGCAUUAUUUUUUUUCUCUCUCUCUCAUAUUUUACAAGUGUUGCCUUUUUUGUUGUUGUAGCACUACUGAAAUGUCUAAACAGUAUUUAUUAUAUAUGAUCAGAUAGAUCAGCUCUUCUCUGUACAAAGAAAUUUUUUCACUGUAAAGUUAUCUUUUAUUUAAUUUGUAUUCAUAUACAUUCAUGUACUUAUAAAUAUUUUUUGCAGGAAAAAAUAUGUGAUGCAAAAGAGAAAAAGUUAUGACCAUUGACGACAUUACAGAUCCGGGGAGGAAGUUUAGAAUCAGAUUUCUUGGUUUUUGUUUUUUGAUAAAUCGGCUGAAAAGACAAAUUCAGGAAUCUGCUAAGAAAAGUGCUUGAUUGUCAUCACUUUGACAUUCGAGAAUCAAACAACCUAUCAACAUAUGAACUCGGUUUUGAACAAUGCAAAAUAUUGUUCUUUGAAUCAUUAAAAGACAACAUUAAGGGUAUCGAUAAAGAAUUUAUUUUCUCUCAAAUGUCAGAUUUGUGACUGGCAGCGUGACAAUCGUGUUUUUGUUAUUUAAAUUCAUUAUGUAUGUUACUACCCUCAUAUGGUUUAUGCUUGUAAAGUCACUGCCAUUAUUAUAUAUUCUGUGAUAGACAUAAAAUGUCUUUAUUAUCGAGUAUGGAUCGUGAUGUAUGUAUGCACACUUUAUGUUUAAAUUGUCACCAGUUUUGGAAGAUGUCCCUUUUCAUGUUUUUUCUGUCCUCUUUCUUUCCCUGUACUGUCUAUUUCUCCCCCCCCCCCCCAAUCUCUCACUAUACUCUUUAUUUUCCUUGAACUAUCAUUUUUGGUUGCCCCCAACCCUUCCCCUCUCUUUAUCUCUCGUUUUCGCCUCCUCUCAACACCCCCCGCUCUCAAGUAUUUGAUCUUUUCUUUAUACAAUUUAUUAUUUCACCCUCUCUCUCUCUCUUUUGUCUUAUCUUUUCUAUACUAUUACCAUCUUUAUCAGGAGUCUGAAAGUAUUAGCUCAUAUGGGUUAACAGUUGACAUCUUUCUUGCUCUGAAUGCAGUAAUGUCUAUUUACUCUCUUUUCAAAGUUAGAUUGAUCCUGAUAUGUGAUUAUCAAUGUCUAUCUUGCUUCAUGUCAAAUCAAUUAUGUGAUUCAUACAUGUAUAUGAUAUAUUAUGUGAAAUUUUGACUUGUAUACAUGUAUUUAUUUAGCCCACUAAUAAGAUAUAUGACUUGAUGGCAAAUGUGAUG